AAGCGGGGCAUUGUGGGAUUGAACGCUAUUGACACAGCAACACUGAGAGCCGCUCAGUGAUUGUAGCUCCUCCGUUUUUGGGGUCUUUUUGCGGUGAAUUACUCAAUAUUUCACACGGGAGCAGCGGUAACGUCGAAUAGAGGACCGUAGGGCUUUGCUAUGAACGGCUCGGUGGCUAAAAAGACCCAGGAGGUUCUGGGGAGAGUGAUAAAGAAGCCUCCCCUGACUGAAAAACUGCUCAGCAAACCGCCGUUCCGAUACCUGCACGAUAUAUUAAGCGAGGUAAUUCGAACCACAGGCUUCAUGAAGGGCCUUUAUGGAGAAGCAGAGAUGAAGUCAGAUAAUGUAAAAGAUAAAGACUCAAAGAUUGCUUUCCUCCAGAAAGCCAUUGAUGUAGUCAUGCUAGUGAGCGGAGAGCCCCUGUCUGCUAAGCCUGCACGCAUCGUUGCCGGCCACGAGCCAGAGAAGACCAAUGAACUGCUCCAAGCCAUCGCCAAGUGCUGCCUCAACAAGCUAUCCAGUGAAGAGGCCGUGAGGCGAGUCUUGGCUGGAGACAAAGUGGAUCUGAAGGGCAAGCCCAGCACCUCUAGGUCUCAGGGCAAGGAGAACAGAGAAGGCAGAGAGCGGCACCAGGACAGAGAAGAAAAGAGGGAGAUUAAAGAGAGCAGCUUAAGCAGAGAACAGAAAGAUCCAGACCGUCCCAAAGACCCAGAAAGCAAGAGGAGUGAAAAAGACCGACACAGAGAUGGAGAGAGAUCAGAAAAGGGUCGUGAAAGAGACAGGACCAAGGACAGAGACCGAGAUAAAGACAAGAGCCGUGAUCGGGAUAAAGAGAAGGCCAGAGACAAAGAGAGAGAUCGGGACAAGGACCGAGACAGAAACAAGGAGAGAGAACGUGAUAAAGAGAGAGAGAAGAACAAAGAGCGAGAUUCCCACAAAGAGAGGGAUCAAGAAUCGCACAAAGAUAGGGAGCGAGAGCGGGACAAAGACAGAGAACGUGAUCGGGACAAAAGAAGAGACAGAGACAAAGAUCGUGAGAGGGAGAGAGAACGUCAGAAAGAGUUGGAGGACAAGCCCAAGGAGAAAACGGAUAAAAAGGUCAGAGCUGAGGAGCUCAGCAGACAAAAGCCUCUUCUAGAAGAGUCCAGUAAAAACCAUAAAGCUGAGCCUGCAGAGGUGCUUGAGGCAAAAGCUGAUGAGCCAACAGAGGCUUCACAGUUGCAGACUGACAGUCCUGCCAGAAUACCCAGGCCUUCAUCUGCCAAAGGACAGCGGCGCUGGCCCAAAGCAGGAGCUCCAGAUGAAUCAGAUAGUGAUGGAGCAGGUGACAAUCCCUCAGUGGAAAAACAAGUCCACCUUGAAAAUGGAGACGCAUCGGACAUUGUGCCAUCCCACACACCCCACAGCAACAGCAGGAGGAUACCGAGGCCUAGCAGCGCAAGACCAGCCCCUCCUCGAGUGAAGAGGCAGGAGAGCUACACUGAUGGAGCUCCAGUGGAGAGACUGGGCAGUGCGAAGGCUCCCGCUGCUGUCAUUGUGGAAGGCAAAAAACUCUCAGACGAUGAGGAUGAUGAAGAUGGGCAGUUUGUGGUGGAGGAAGCAGUUCCACCUCCACCUGAUAUGCCUGAACUAGAGGUGGAGCCGUCCAUUGAACUACAGGGGGACGAGAAGCAUGGUGGGCUUGUGAAAAAAAUCCUAGAAACCAAGAAGGACUUUGAAUCAUCACCCUCAUCACAGAAGUCAAAAGAUCAGGACCGGACGCCAGUGCUGGAGGCAGCUCGUAAGAAGGAGCGUGAGCUGGUGGCCAGGGAAAUUGAGCGGCUGCGCUCGUCUGUUCAAACUGUAUGCCGCAGUGCCCUGCCUCUGGGCAAGAUCAUGGACUACAUCCAGGAGGAUAUGGAUGCCAUGAGGAACGAGCUGCAGACCUGGAGGAAGGAGAACAGGGAGCACGCACAGGCCUUACUGGAGGAGCAGAGAAUUACAGACAGUGCUGUGGAGCCGCUGAAAGCUGAGCUGACUGAACUGGAGCAGCUCAUCAAAGACCAGCAAGACAAGAUUUGUGCCAUCAAGUCCAACAUCCUCAAGAACGAGGAAAAGAUCCACAAGAUGGUGUCCAGCAUUAACGUCUCCUCACAGACAUGAAAGGCAAUAUCUAAAAUAAAAUAAAGCCUAAAGCACUGUCCACACAGGAGAGCUCCCUUACUCAGUCUCACCGAGGCUCUCUGGUUGUGGCUGUCUGAUUUGCACUUAGAGUGGGUGUUGGGUGAAGCCUGGAAGAUACACAGUAACACACAAUACAGUGACCCUCUUCACAUUCCCCUUAUGGUUUAAGGUGCCUUCUGUGAGACUCUGAAGAGUCUGAUGUUGUUCUGAUUGGGUUCCCUCGGAUUUUCACUGCAACAUUUAAGGAAAUAAGGAAGGAAAACACACAUACACCGUUGCUCUCUUCCACAGUAGAUUUGCACAUUAGAUGCAUAUGUAGUAAACACAGUAGAUGCAUUUGCUUACAUUUAUAUUGGAAAGAAUUAUGUAUUUUGUCUUGAGGGUUUCAAGUCAUCCCUUUGUUGUCUAUAAGAAAAAAGACUAAAUGAAUUAACAUUGAAUUUUGUUAAUUGGCUGAAUCAAUGCCUUAGUCACACUGGUAAUAAGUGAGUGUGAAAGAGAGAGAGAGGGAGGGAGAACUUUUUGGCAAUAUGUCAGGUUAAUUUGUUACUGCUUAUCAGGUGUACUGUCUCAGUAGCUCUCCAAAGCUUGUCUUUAAGCAAUAGGGGCUGGUUUUCUGGACUGAGGCAUCAUUCUAGGCUUGGCUUAAAUCAUACCGCCUCUAACAGUAAGCAUUUUCCAUUGAACCCUCUUUUUGGUUUCAGCUUUGAGUUCAAGAAGACCAGCCCAGACUAGCUGAAAGUUAUGCAUGCCAAAAGCUGGAGAUGCACUAGUAAAGCACCUCUGCACUUUGAUCAAUGAGACUGUGACUGAAUAUGCCUGUUCUAAUGCGAAAAGAGUACAUUUUUGUACACAAGGAGAAGAGUUGUGGUACAGUUAAAAAGAAAACAAGAUUCUAAGAUAGUCUUACUGAUUUAUAUCACUUACAUUUAAUUUGAUUUUUACGUUUUAUGUUUUGAUUGUGUUUUUAUUUGUAACCACGUAAAAAAACAAUAAUGUGAGACUGGAGGGGUUUAAAAAAAAAAGUAUGAUCAAAAAAUAUAGAAAUUAUACUAGUGUUGUUUAACACAGCCCAGCUUGAGCUGAAGUGGGGAAAUGUCUUACUGGGUUCACCAAAGGUCAGACUUUAAAAUGGACUUUUUGUACAAAUUUCACCACAUGGACACUGAGCUAAAA